AAAAAGUGCAAUGGAAAUCAAAUAAAUGGAAAAAGACAGGAAAUAAAAAAACAUCGGAGAGGGUUUCUUCCUUUGUGUUCUUCGUCAUCUCCACCAUUUUAUCUUCUUACAAGCUUCCCCAGAGAUAACUUUCCCCUGAUUUCCCAAACGCUCCGCUUUGUGCUUCAACCUCUGGAUUCUCAGUGUUUUCAAAGUACAGCAAUGAGUAAAGUUAACAGCAAGGAGUCUUCCAGUAGCCGUAUAUUAUUGAAGGAGGUGGAGACAUUAAGCGAAUCUCUCUAUGUGAACAAGAACCCUAGGAGGUCAGUCGUUGGUCCUAACAACAAGACUUCAACAAAGACUUUGGGUUGUUCAAACUUGGCUGAGCCUCGGAAGGAAAAUAAAACUAUCUGGAAUUGGCCUCUCAGAGCCCUCUCUCACGUCCGCAACCGCCGUUUCAAUUGCUGCUUCUCUGCCCAAGUCCAUUCCAUAGACAACUUACCACCGACAUUCCAGGAUCUUCAUCUCACUGUUCACUGGAAACGUCGUGAUGAAUCUCUGACCACUCGCCCUGCAAAAGUUUCGAACGGAAGAGCUGAGUUUAAGGACAAGAUGACGCAUACAUGUUCGGUUUAUGGAAGCCGAAGUGGACAGCAUCACUCAGCGAAGUAUGAAGCUAAGCAUUUCUUGUUGUACGCAGCUCUGGUUGGCUCUCCUGAUGUUGAUCUGGGGAAACAUCGGAUGGAUCUCACUAGUUUGCUUCCUCCAACGCUUGAGGAGUUGCAGGAUGAGAAGAGCUCGGGUAAGUGGUCAACAACGUUUCAGUUGACUGGAAAGGCUAGUGGUGCUACUCUGAGCGUUAGCUUUGGGUACACUGUUGUUGGGGAUACUCGUCGUGGCCCUGCUUCAUCGGGCAGUAUUCAAAAGGGGGCUUCAAACGCGAAGCAAACUACAGCGUUGACGAGAACUAUCAGUUCAAAGUCUAGUUUAGGGAAUGGCAAGUCGGUAUCUAAGCGUUAUGAUCACGGUGUUGUUAGCAAGGACUCUCGUCCUCUGUCCAAGAACGUGGUGGAAAUCAAAGAUCUUCACGAAGUUCUUCCCGUUGCGAAAUCUGUCCCGGUCAGUUCAGUAAACGCUCUGUAUAAAAAAUUUGAUGAGGAGGAGAAGGUGGAUGCAGCAGCUGAGUCUGAGUCCCAGUUCGAAUCUGAGGUUGUCACUAAAAACGUUGAACCUGAUGAGUUUAUUUCUGUUGAUAACGAAGGUUCAAAUGCACAUCAAGUUGAGGAGGAGCGUGUGGCUAACAUGAAUGAAAGUAAUGUUCCUCUAGAAGAUGUAAAGAAAGUUGACGAAGUUAUCACUACUAGAAGUGAGAAAGUUGGUGCUGAAGAUUUGCCUUCAGAAGAUCCUUGUAUGAACAUGGAUGAAACUGAUGUUCCUGUAGAGGAUAUAAAGAAAGCUAUUGAAGCUCCCACUGCUGGAAGUGAGGAAGUUGGUACUGAAAAUUUGCCUCCAGAAGACCCUUGGGUGAAUAAGGACGAAACUGAUGUUUCUUAUGAGGAAUCGAAGAUAGCUGGAGAAGUUCCUAUUACUAGAAGUGAAGAAGUUGUUGAAAUUAGUACAGAGCCUUUGCUUUCAGAAGAGGGGAGCAAUGUUCCUCCAAAGGAAGAGGAAAUUAUUGUUUAUAAGGAUGAUGAAGACAUAAUGAACGGUGGGAGAGACGUGAAAGAGAUGAUAAUGAAAGAUCUUGAAUCAGCUUUGGAAAGUGUAGAAAUAUUGGAAGCAACGGCGUCAGAAGACGAGGAAGAUCAAGAAAACCAUGGAGGCUCCUCCACACCGAAUAAGGAAGCAGCAUCAACGAGUUCGAUAGAUGUGGCAAACGAGUUCUUAGACAUGCUAGGUAUUGAACACAGCCCUUCUUCUGAGAGUGAACCUGAGUCCCCAAGGGAGCGCCUGCUAAGAGAGUUUGAAAUGGAUACUCUAGCUGCCACUUCUUUGUUUGAUUUUAGUAUUGAAUCCGAUGAUGAUCCUCAAAUGGAUUGUGAUGAAAAAGAGUAUGAGUCAGAUUUUGAAGAAGGUUUCGAUCUGGCAGCUCUCGUCCAUGAUAUAGAAGAAGAGUACCAGAUAGAAACUCAAGCAAGAGUCAGCAGCAACCCCAGGGCCAAGAUGUUGGAAGACUUGGAAACGGAAUCUCUGAUGCGUGAGUGGGGUAUGAAUGAAAACACAUUUCAGAACUCUCCGCCUCAUAAUGGUUGUAAUGCGUUUCCUCCAGCUGAUAUUCCAGUAAAUGAGCCAUUUGAUUUGCCUCCUCUAGGAGAGGGCUUGGGUUAUGUUGUGCAGACAAAGAAUGGAGGGUUUGUACGUUCAAUGAAUCCCUCACUGUUCAGAAACUCCAAAGCUGGAGGAAGCUUGAUCAUGCAAGUGUCGAGUCCAGUGGUUGUGCCUGCUGAGAUGGGCUCUGGUAUCAUGGAGAUUCUUCAGAGACUAGCCACUGCUGGAAUUGAGAAGCUCUCAGCGCAAGCAAAUAAAGUAAUGCCUUUGGAUGAUAUAACAGGGAAAACUAUGCAAGAGGUGUUGUGGGAAACUUCACCUGCAAUCAACAGUGGCCACAGAGGGGACCAUAUACCACAACAUAAUACUACAGCUAAGCCAAAAAAGUUUGGUUCAAGCUCUGCCAACAAUAAGUCAGAGUAUGUAUCACUUGAAGAUCUUGCUCCUCUGGCUAUGGACCAGAUUGAAGCACUUUCACUGGAAGGAUUGAGAAUACAAUCAGGAAUGUCGGACGAGGAUGCACCUUCAGACAUCACUGCAAAAUGUAUUGGAGAGAUGUCAGCCUUCCAGGGUCUAGAAGGAGCGGCUGGGUUACAACUUCUUAACAUAAAGGAUGGCGGUGACCGUGAUGGUGAUGAUGAUGGUGAAGGAUUAAUGGGUCUCUCCUUGACUCUUGAUGAAUGGAUGAAGUUGGAUUCAGGUGACAUUGGCGACGGAGAGGAAAUAAACGAGAAAACGUCAAGAAUAUUGGCUGCGCAUCAUGCAAACCCACUAAACUUUAUCCGCAAAGGAGAGAAACGAAAAGGGAAGAAAGCAAGGAGAUGUGGUUUGCUUGGGAAUAACUUCACAGUAGCACUGAUGGUGCAACUCAGAGAUCCCUUAAGAAACUAUGAACCUGUUGGAGCUCCUAUGCUUUCUCUUAUCCAAGUUGAGAGAUUGUUUGUCCCUCCAAAGCCCAUAAUCUACACUACGGUUUCAGAGCUGAGGAAAGAGGAAGAAGAAACCGCGGAGGCGGUCAAAGAGGAGAAAACAAUGCUGGAGGAGGAUCAAGGAAUCCCUCAGUACAAGAUCUCGGAGGUGCAUCUUACUGGUAUGAAGAGCGAGACGGAUGAGAAGCCAUGGGGAAUCACGACUCGGAAUCAGGAGGUGCAGUCUGGUUCGAGGUGGUUGAUGGCUAAUGGAAUGGGGAAAGGGAACACCAGCAAGGUUCCUCUUAUGAAACCAAAAACGCCUGGUGAUAAGUUGUGGAGUGUAUCUGUAUCUGGUUCUGGUUCUAAAUGGAAAGAGAUUGAGAAAUUUGGAAAGCUCAACACUCACGUACGAAAUCCGAAUGUGAUAAUGCCAUAAUGAAAGUGAAUAAGGAGAACAAGAACUGGUCUGCGUCUGGUUUUGUGUUUUUAUGCUAUGUAAAGGUAAGAAAUGUUGAAUCUGUGUUAUUUAUGUGUUUAGUUUAGGUUUUGCAGAUCAAACUAAUCGCUCGCUG